AUGCAGCAGCCCAUCGAAAUCGACGAGGACCUUGCCCUCCGCGAGCUCGAGCUCAAGUGGUCCUUCCAAAAGGGAUUCCUCGCCUCUGUGUUUGCCGCGUCCGAGGACCCGAUUGCCUGGCAGGCGCACUUCGACAGCUGCCUUGCAAAGACAAUGGCAGGCCCGCCCCCCGAGAAGUACGACGACAAGAUGCUCAAGUCGCAGGGCCUAGCCCAGUACGUGAUCAAAGGACCUGCUGUCUUCCAUGUCGAUGUCGAGGUCGACGGCGACAGUGUACUGUCCACUGGAGGCUUGGGCACCUGUACCCUCCAUGUCAUCAGCUCGCCCAGGGUCAUGGUCGAUAGACUGAUUAACGGCAGGGUUUUGUCGAAGAACAGUGUCUACUAUGACAGGGAGGCCGAGGCGUCCUCAAGCACAAAGUCUGGUUCGGUAUCGCUGCGCAGCAUGAGCGUUGGUGAGGUAGUGCCAUGA